CGUGUGAAACCGUGUCGAGACGCAGUAUUUGACAUCUGAAAAGAUGCAGACUACAAAGAUAUUCAAAGUCUUGAUUCCAAUUCAAAUAUCCCCAACUCCCUUCCUCGCACACACGCUGACACGCCAAUGACCCAAUUCCAUAAACAAUAUUCUAAUUUAUCAAGCUUUCCCAAUAAGACUUCAUUAAACUCAUUCUCCUUUAAUUUGUUUUUAUUUUUGUUAAGGAUUCAUGGUGUCAAAGAUUUUUCUUGUUUCGGGAUUCUUUUACUUGUUUUUCUGUGAUUUUUUUGCCGCUGAAGCUUUUAAGAGUUUGACUUUCAAUGAUACGGGCAUAGAAUUUCCUGAUCAUUCGAGCUUCAAUUCUGUUUCUUCCUCAUUAGAUUCAGAUUGUAGCUUCUCGGAAUCGAAGAAAGGAUAUACCCCCUUUAAUUUUACGCCGGAAAAUGGACCGGCCCCGUCAGUGAAGCUUCAUCUAAAGCACAGAUCAGAUGGGCGAGAAAUUAACGGCAAAGAUCGUUUAAUGGAGUCUACAGCGAAGGAUUUGACUCGGAUUCAGACAUUGCACAAGAGAAUUAUAGAGAAAAAGAACCAGAACACCAUUUCAAGAGUAAAGAAAGAUGGUGGUCAACAGUUUUCUUCGCCGGAAAGUGGGUUUUCCGGGCAGCUGACGGCCACCCUUGAAUCAGGAGUCAGUCUUGGUUCAGGAGAGUACUUCAUUGAUGUCUUUGUGGGUACACCUCCUAAACAUUUCUCUUUAAUUCUUGAUACUGGUAGUGAUCUUAAUUGGAUUCAAUGUGUUCCUUGUUAUGAUUGUUUUGAACAAACUGGCCCUUAUUAUGACCCCAAUGAUUCGAUUUCGUUUAGAAAUAUAAGCUGUCGUGAUCCACGGUGUCACCUAGUUUCAUCGCCUGAUCCUCCACAGCAAUGCAAUGCUGAGAAUCAGAGUUGUCCUUAUUAUUAUUGGUAUGGAGAUAGUUCUAACACAACUGGUGAUUUCGCACUCGAAACUUUCACUGUUAAUCUCACGACACGGAAUGGGAACACAGAAUUUAGGAGAGUCGAAAAUGUGAUGUUUGGAUGUGGUCAUUGGAAUAGAGGUCUAUUUCAUGGUGCUGCUGGAUUGUUAGGGCUUGGAAGAGGGCCACUUUCGUUUUCGUCGCAGCUUCGAUCUUUUUAUGGCCACUCGUUCUCGUAUUGUCUCGUGGAUCGAAAUAGUAAUGCGAAUGUUAGUAGCAAGUUGAUUUUUGGUGAGGAUAAAGACCUUUUGAGCCAUCCUGAAUUGAAUUUCACUUCAUUUGUUGUGGGAAAAGAAAAUCCGGUUGAUACAUUCUACUAUGUCGGGAUUAACUCGAUUAUAGUUGGAGGAGAGGUUCUGAAUAUACCAGCAGAGACAUGGGAUUUGUCACCGGAAGGUGCUGGUGGAUCUAUCGUCGAUUCAGGGACUACGUUGAGUUACUUUGCUGAUCCGGCUUAUAGGAUUAUUAAGGAGGCUUUUGUAAAGAAGAUCGAGGGAUAUCCGGUUGUAAAAGAUUUUCCGAUACUCGAUCCUUGUUAUAAUGUUUCUGGAGCGGUGAAAUUGGAUAUGCCCUCGUUCGGGAUUCUGUUUAGUGAUGGAGCAGUAUGGAAUUUCCCAUUAGAGAACUAUUUCAUCAAGCUCGAGCCGGAAGAGGUGGUUUGUUUGGCAAUUUUGGGGACGGCCCGCUCGGCUCUAUCCAUUAUUGGCAACUACCAACAGCAGAAUUUUCACAUAUUGUACGACACGAAACAGUCGAGACUAGGAUUCGCGCCAACAAAAUGUGCUGACAUAUAACGUUGUCUGACUUACUGCAUAGUUAUGGGGCUGGUGGAAAACUGUAAACAUACCUGGGUCGUGUGUAUCCAUGUACAUGGAUACAUGUCACUGUUUACUUACAAAAGGAGGUAAAAUGACAUGAUACUGAAUCCUUUCCCAUCCUUUUUUUUUUUUUUUUUUUUUUGGGAUUUAGGCUUAUGCAAUUCAUAUAUUGAUUGAUUACUACACAACAUAAUCUGUUUUCUUUCUAAGCUGUAUGCAAAAAAUUUGAAAUGUUUCUUAGAUCUACAAUAAAGUUGCUUGCUUAUUUGUGAAACAA